AAAUACAAAUGUCACUGUCAACCUGACAAUUAACUGUUAUGGAGGGGCAAUUCAGUAUGAAAUUAUAUCUAUUUUUACAGAUAACCAAGAACGAUUUAAUCUUAUAUCUUGAGUGAAUGUGUGUAAUUAUGUAUUGCUUAAAAUUGUGAACGAAGUUCGUGAAGUCCAUUAAAGUUUCGGCGAAUUUCAUUUUGCAAAUUACUGGUUACUGUAAUUUCAAAGUUUUGAUUAACUUUUCCUUCUUAAGCCAUAACAACAUUCACAAUGGGAAAAUCUAGUCCUGUUAAAACGUAUACUAGACAUUUUCUAAAAAUUAUAGGUGCAUUUUUGCAAAUAUUUUUCCAUUGGUUAUUUAGUUUAGUGUAUAGUGGAAGUAAAAUAAGUAUGCCUCCAAUCAAUGAUCUUCUUUUGUUGGAAUCCGCAACAUCUUUAGCGUACAAGAUACGAACUAGAAAGAUAAAGAGUAGUGAAGUUCUGCAGUCUUUCAUAGAUAGGAUAAACGAGGUGAAUCCACUUCUCAAUUGCGUGGUAGACAAAAGAUUCGAGGAAGCCAAAAAAGAAGCUCAGAUAGUUGAUGAUUUACUCGCAUCAGAAGUUAUUUCUGAAGAAAAACUUGCUCAAGAAAAACCAUUUUUAGGAGUUCCGUUUACAACAAAAGACUGCAUACCAGUUAAAGGUAUGAUCCAUUCCUCUGGUUUGGUAAAAAGGAAACAUAAUAUAGCUGAAGAAGAUGCUAAAUCUAUAACGUCUUUAAGAAACGCUGGGGCCAUUCCAAUAGCUUUAACCAAUGUAUCUGAAUUAUGCAUGUGGUGGGAGAGUGCCAAUAAAGUGCAUGGCAGGUCACGUAACCCUUAUGAUAUAAACAGGAUUGUUGGAGGAUCUUCUGGAGGAGAAGGAUGCGCGCAAGCUGCUGCCAUCUCAGCGUUCGGUAUUGGCUCAGAUAUCGGUGGUUCCAUCCGCAUGCCUUCAUUCUUCAAUGGAAUUUUCGGUCACAAACCAUCUCCAUUUGUUGUGUCUAACCAUGGUCAAUAUCCAGAACCAGUAACUGAGGAACAAGAUAGAUUUUUAGGCAUCGGUCCUAUGUGUCGUAGAGCGGAAGAUCUUCUUCCAAUAUUGAAAGUUUUGACUGCUUCCCAUAAGGAGAAAUUAAAAUUAGACGAACCAGUGGAUGUGACAAAAUUAAAAUGGUACUACCAGGAUAAUGACAGUGGUUCCUUUAUGGUUUCAUCUGUCGUGCCCGAAAUCAAGCAACUGUUUACUAAAAUUUGUAAGCAUUUGGAUAAAGCCUACGGUGUUAAAGCAACCAAGGUAAAUUUCAAAAGAUUUGCCAAAAGUGGUGCAAUGUGGUUCGCUAACAUGAAAUCUCCGAAUGGACCUUCGUUCAGACAACAACUCGCUAACUUGAAUGGUACUGUCAACCCGUGGAUGGAAUUGGUAAAGUGGGUUUUCGGCUUAUCAGAGCAUACAUUCAUUGGUAUAAUGACAUGUUUGGCAGAAAAGGGAGGUUGUAAAUAUGGAGAUGAAAAAUAUGACUAUUUAGUUCAGGAACGAAAUAAUCUUCGGCGAGAGCUACUUGAGCUUCUUGGUAAUGAUGGAGUAUUCCUGUAUCCGACUCAUCCUACUGCAGCUCCAUACCACAACGAGCCGUUAGUUAAACCCUUCAAUUUUUCGUAUACAGCUGUGAUAAAUAUUCUGGGCUUACCUGCCACACACUGUCCAAUGGGUCUAGACAAAAAUGGUUUGCCCAUUGGUAUACAGGUAAUAGCAGCAGAGAAUAACGAUCGAUUGUGUUUAGCAGUAGCUAGAGAAAUUGAAAAAGCAUUUGGUGGCUGGAUACCUCCAGCUAUUAAAGCUUAAAUUACUCAAAAUAGAGCACGGAAAGAAGUCGGGGUUAUUUUCUUCUUUGUUAUAAUUUUAUAACAAAUAAAUUUGUUGGUAAAAUUAUCAACUAGUUGCUUUAUUUUGAACUCUGACAUUUUUUCUUUUUAUGCCUAAGUAUUUGAAAAUUUAUAAAAAAAUUAACGCAAAAGAUUGUACUGUGCUUUUCCAUAUUUUAUAUGAACUUUUAUAACUACGAAAUUAUUUUUCAAAAACUAUAUAUUUACAAUACACAUAUACUAUUAUAUUUAUGAUUAUUUUUGUUAUUAAAAUAUAGAUGUAAUUUUUUAUACAUGUUAAAGCCUAAUAUCGAUAUAUUUGUACAUUUUUGAUUGUUUGACGUAACAAAUUGUUUAAAUUCAAAACAAUUUCAAUAUUUUUUGGGAACCAUUGCAGUUUUGGUAUAUAUGCUAAACGAGUAGAAACUUUUUGUUAUCCGAGUAUUUCUGAGUAUCACCAAAAAAGACAGUGAAUUAUUUUAUUAAAAACAAAGUUAAAAGGUAACAGGAGUCUCCUGCAAAGUAGUGCUCUUUUCGAUAAUGUUUUAUCCCAAGAUAAAUAUUAGCUUGGUAGCGUUCUUGCAAAGUUUUUUCUGAAAUUGCUUUAAUUUUUUCUAUCUCUGCGAUUUUGCUGUAUAAUGUGGAAAGACAAGUAGAUUUUUAGCGACCUACAAUUCGCAAAUCAAAACAACUUUGAACACGCGUUGUCAUGUUGAAGAAGAAAGAUGUUGAACAAUUUUUCAGGUGUACGUCAUCGAAUAUCUUUUCACAAACGUUCUAGUACCCAAAAGUCUGUUUGAAUUAACACUUUUGGCCAUUUUUUUCAAAUUGUCAUCUAUUUUUGAUUUGAAGUGGUGUCCCGACCGUUCCUCAUCCUUACUGACCCAAUUCGACUUUUAAAUCGCUCAAACCACUCACUAUAAACUGAUUUUAACAUUUCAAAAACGUUGCCACCUUCUUUCAAUGUGAAACAAUCUUAAUGUGUUGUUCAAUACCCCUAUUCUGAGACUCUAUAAACUAGAAAUGGUUUUAAACUUGUUACUACUUACCCAAGCAUAUAAGGGUAUGAGACAUACUAGUUGAAAUGAACGCAUCAUAACUGUUGUUGCUAUCAAAAAUAAUUCAUUGUAUUUUGUUGAACAAACCUCGUAUAUCAUAUUCGCCAAAAGAGUAAAUAAUCGUUAAUUUAUUUUUUCUUGGAACAAUUAGUAUAAUAAAUUCAUAUAGUAGCAAAUUAUUUUACUCUUCGAAAGCAACAAUUGCAAUUUCACUUGUGUCUUAAAAAUAUCAAAGAUUGUUGAGUAGCAAUACAUAUAACCUCUCAAAAAUGAGCUUCAAGCGGUAUUGGAAAAUAUUUUGGGUAAUAUUCUGUAUCAAUAUAAAAUCGUCAGCAGUAUUAAUUAUAAUCUACCAGUCUAAUUGCAAUGCGAUGGAUUAUAAUAAAACUCAACUGUUACACUAAAUUAUCUUUUCUUUUCUUCAUCUUCUGAAUAUAGUUUUUAUCAGUAUAAUGGUCAGGGUCAGGAUGGUCAGUUUUUGGUAUAUGAAUAUAUUCGACAGUAAAUUUUUAUUUUGUAAUUUUUUUUUGAAAAAUUGGAUAAUUUACAAUUUUUUCUUGUUAUCAAACAUAAAUACAUAAACAUGUACGUUAGGUUAAUUUAGCUUUGCCAUUGGUACAGCGCAUUCGAUUUUUUUAUAUGGAGUAGACCACGGUUCUCAAAAGUUUGGCCGCCCCUGUUACAGAGCAUUAACCUUAAAGAUAAUCAGCAAAUGCAAGCUCGAGCCAAAAAUAAAUCCGCGACUACAUUCUGCUAGAGAGGAGUGUUCCAUAAAAUUUUUUCCAAUAUAUUAUGUUCGUUAUUGGAAACAUUGGAACUACCGGUAACAGUAACAAUUUUAUUUCCUUCAAAAAAGUAUAUGAAAACAUGCAAUGUUGCUAACUGUGUCAAAUUAAAAGCUUCAAUUAGGUAUUAUCGAAUGAAUUGAAAUAUACAUACAUCACAGAAAUGAUAUAUUUGAACUAUAAUCAUAUUAAUUAGUUGGAAAGGAAAUGUAUCCUUUAUAGAUAAAAAAACAAGAUUUAGAGAAAAUACGCCAUUUACAAUAUUUAAAAUAAUUUAUAAAACAUACACUGUCUUUCUAUCAUGGUAAUAUUGAAUUUUGAUGAUAACUUGGUCAAGUCUGAUUGCUACUAUUUAGUUUAUGCUCUAUUAAAAGAUCUGUCAUCAGCAUAAAUAUAGAAAAAUCAAUUGAAAUUUACUAGUUUUAAAAAUGGUGCUGUGAAUAUAGAUUAUAAAUAAUAAUUUCACAACAGAAAAUGUUAUUGUAAACUGAAAUGGGAAAAUUUCUACUGUACUAUUCACGGUUUGGUUCUAAUACCACAAAAUACUCAUACUAUAUACCCACAGUCUUUCCAAAUAAAAAAGGAAUCGUAUUUAUUACGAACGAAUUUUCAUGAAUGGUUUGAAAAAUUUACAGUUGCAUCAUAUGUUGGACAAGAACUAGCAUCAGUUUUAUUAAGAUUUGUAGAACCGUUAAAAUUAGUUUAUAAUAAUUACGAGACAUGUAUAGGAUUCGAUAGUCUCAUUGCUAUCGAGAGACUAGCUGCCUUCUAUUUACACUCAAGCGAACUGAGACACUCAGUUAUGUAUCUUAUACUUAAACAUUAUCUAAGUGUCGUGAUUCAUCAUUAUUAUUGGUAAGCCAACUGUCAGUUACUCGUAGCAUAAGAAACGACAUAAAUAAAAUAAUAUUAUGUAUAAGAUUAUUCAUAUCACUAACUGUUUGCUGUCACUCAGUAUUGUGUACUUAAUUGCAUAUUUUGAUGACAAAAUCUGACUACGUCAUGUCUUCAACAUCACUUUCAAUUCGAGUUUAAAAAACUCACUAAAGCACACGGUCUCAAGAUUAUGCAAAUUGCUGGUAAAAACUCAGUUAGGCUUCACUUGUAAGAUGAAAAGGAAGGUGCAUUGAACUGAGUUAUGUCGUCACAAAUGCGAAUAAUCUGAGUUUAGAUGUAAAUAGAAAGCAGCUUUAUUCUCUAAUAUAAUAAGUUUUUAUUCUUUAGCAUUUGAUUUUAAAAUAUACUGAAGGGCUGUUGCUUGAGAGUUUUGACAACAGAACUUCUCAACAACAUCGUCCGAUAUUCUAAGAAAUCAUCGAUUCCGAUCAAGUUUAUCUUAGGGUAUUGUCUAGUACAGUUUACAACAUGAUACGAUUCCGCAUCUAAAAUCUGAGACCUAAUUCCAGAGCAUUCAUCUGCACGUUUUUGGGUUUGGAAUUUACAAAGUUAUUACCCAGUCAUUGAUAUCAUUAACUAAAAUUCAUCUACAUAUUCUCUUUUCUUGUUCUCUAUUGCAGCUUUAUUUUAUUAUCGACCUUUUAAUUUAAUGUUAAAAAUAAAUGUUGUAUUGUCUGAUGUUUCCUUGUGGCUAAAAUUUUCUUCAAAUGUAUACCAACCAUUUUGGGUCAAAUUAAUUCCAUCAAACUUCAAUAAACUUAUAUCACUUUCAAUUUCUAUUAUUGUAUUGUUGAGCCAUUUUAUCAAAAGAAUUCUUCAUUCAAGUUUUAACAAAAAUGAAUUGGUAGAUAGGGUGUAAAAAUAAGUAAAGCAACUCUAACAAGUAACAAGCCUAUGUGCCUGUGAAUUGGGAAGAAACAAUUUUUUUGGAUAAAAAAUAUUUUCUCAGGGCUUUAUACCCCCAAACUAUUUUUAUGUUGAGUAUAACAUAAUUGCUCUUAAUCCACAUGUCUCAAUGAGUAGUUGUUUCUAGAAACUCAAUCCUAAGGUGUAGAAUUGUUUAUAGUUAAUGGAAAUUGACUGUUAUUUUUGAGUAACCAUCACAGUGUGUUUCAUACUUUUUUAAUGACCAAUAUGAUCACAUUUAUGUAUUUUUAGAAAUAUUUGUAUCUACAUACCAGUUAAACUAGUAAAUAGUACACUCCUUGUAUUUAUACAAACAUUUAUGUGAGAACUUGAGAUUGUGCAUUAUUUUUUAUAAUUGUUAAAUAUUUUAUAAUAAAAUGGGCUUCUUGUUGUA